UGUAUAAAAUAUAGCUGACUUAUUUCGACAAUUUGCUAUUAGAUUGAUAAGUAUUUAUAACAAUGCAAAUAUAGAAUUAUUUUAUUAAAAGAAAAUAUAAUAAUUUCACACAUUACCAAAGCAUAAAGAAGAAUAAGUACUUUAAUAUCUUGUUUUGAACAGUGUUAUUAUUGUUGAUUAAAAUCCUUGUUAAAAAGAAUCCUAAAUGGCACCGUUAACGGAUUUACUUUCUUGUAGUAUAAUAGAAAAAGAUUGCAAUGGAGAUAUCUUGUGGACAUGGUCAUACCCUGCAGUAACGGAAUCUCAGAAGACUGUAGUUACAAGAAAAUGCAAUAUGAAAUUAGAACAUAGUUCUCCUCAUGUAUUUGUGUGUGCAAGACAUGGUCAUGAUUGGUUUUAUAUACAUUGCAGUGAAGUAUUCGACUCGGAUAAAUUACCAAAAGUAAAACAGUUUGCAUUGGUUCUUUUUGCAAAGGAUUUUAAUCCACAAAAGUAUGAAGUGCUGUCACGAGUUCUUAGUAAAAUGUAUUGCAAAACAGGAAAACCAACAGAGAUUCUACAAUUAUAUCUUUCUGUAUUUACAAAAGGGUCAUGUUCGACUCAGGAGAAUGGAACAUUUGUCUCUGAUGAUUUUAAUACUCAUCGAUUUGCAGCUAGUACCAAUGUCAAAGAAUUGAUUAAAACAUUUGAAUUAGAAACAAUUUUGAUUUAUACUGCUCUCUUAUUGAAGAAAAAGAUUAUUAUAUAUCAUCAUAGCUUAGAGCAACUUCUUAAAUGGAUAAGAACAUUUCCUGCAUUAAUGAAACAUAGAAAAGUGACUGAUAAUCUUUUUCCUUGGAUUGAUUUAGUAAAUGAUGAAUUAAUUGAAUUAAAGAGAUAUUCAUAUUAUGUAGCAGGCUGCAGUAAUAGCUCAAUAUCAUCAAGAACAGACCUAUAUGACUUACUCGUAAACAUUCCUGCUCGAGAAAUUACUGUAGCAUCGCACGCAAAAGAAAGUCUUACAAUGACAAAAACUCACAAAGAAAUAGCCUUAUUUAUGGUUCAACUAUGCGAAAAUCAAAACUACACAGAGGCACAAAUUAUUUCUGAGAUAAGUGAUAAAACGAAAGAUCUUUUAAAUCAAUUAAUUUCGUUAGCAACAGUUCAAGCUCCAGAUGGCAGAAAGAUGAUUUCUAUUGAGAUAUUUAAAGAGAAAAACUUUGCACCGGCUGUAGAAAGUUUUCUUAUUAAUUUAGCUAUUGCCGAAAAUCUUUUUAUGUUAUAAUAAUGUAUAAAUCAAAAUGUGUAAAUAUGUUAAGACACAGUAAAUAAUAAUAAGAAUAAGAUACAAGAUGUAUUAAGCGUAUUGAUAUCUUUUUAUAUCUUAAUUUUGCAUUAAAUAAAAUUUUAUCAAUACAAUAUGAUAAAUUAUCAUCAUCAAA